AAAACAAUUCGUUGCUAUGGGUUCUGUUUACUUCGGUCUACAAUUUUUGUUGAGUAAAAGAUUUAGGGAUAGGUAAAAAUUUAAGUAAAUAUUUGGGGCCUUACAAAAUCAGUAAAGUGUAUUUAACAAUUUAUAAAAUGUCUGAUAUAAAACAAAUUCGAAAUAAAAAGCUCUUGCCUGAUUUAAGGAAAGAGGGUGAGCUAAGGAAAGAAAUUGUUUUAUCUACUAACGAGAAACAUGGUGUCCCUACUGGCUCUAGAUUGUUUUCUCAUCAUACUCUAGCGAGUAUUAGACGCCUUAGCUUUUUCUAUCCUUUCCACCUUCCUGAUGAUAGUCUCGAUUUAAUCCUGUCAGCUACAUACAACCAUUCCACGGAGAAAUUCGCCGAUAAGGAGGACCUUCACUUACAGCCCGAGACUCAUGGAUGUGACACGUGGCGACGCUUACGAAAUACCUAUGACAAACACCCACCUGUUGUAGUUCCUUUGGGUCAUCCUAUGAAGCGAGGAGGCAUCACGGAGCACAGAUCUCCAUUCAGUGUGAAGUUGAUGAAUUCUGGUGUUCAUUCCUCGCAAACCAACCCUGGAUACAGUAGACAACCAGCUGGUGGCGCAAUAUUCUUCUAUUAAUAUGUUUAGUUAUGCAUAUUUGCCCCCGCAAACAGGAGUUUAUUUUACAACUGUGAAGAUACGUGGGUUGUUUACACAAGAAUGCCUACGUUUACUUAACUUUCAAAAUAUAUUUGAAAGUUCUCAAACAUAUCUUGCCAUUUGAUCAUACAAGAAUCGCUGAUAAAUCGUUUUCAUUUUUUAAUUCUCUCAAUUGUAUAUUUUUAGUGAGAUGUUGGAGUAUUUGUCGAAACCAAGUUACUUGUUUGGAGAUGUACUAUAAUUUCGUUGCGCUAUGUCUAUUCGAUUUGUUUCAUUUAUGCAUGUGAAAAAUAGGUUUCUGUUUGUGUCGCGCUAGCUUUAGUUAUACCUACAAAAAAGUUUUUAUGUAACAAUGGCGUAUUUUUAAUGUUAUAGACAUGGGUAGACUACUUUUUAAACGAGUAUGUUAGUGUUGUUAGGUGUUGUCGUUUUCAUGUCAUAAUUUUGUUUCACUUUGGGUUGUUUAAUGUUGUGUCCUAUUGUGUCAUAAA